AUGAACCGACAAUCCCAUGGCAGUGGCAGGAGUCGCCUUCGUGGUGGCAUCGAGAUGUCACAUAUACCCUGGCAAUCCCAGGAGCAAGAACGGUCCAGGAUUCCUCCAUUAGCAAGAAUGUUGAUGUCCGGUGAGAUGAGCGGAGAUCCACCGAGGAACCUGAACAUAAAGGAGAAAUUUAAUAGAUGGAUGGUUAAUGACGGAUGGAGGAGAUUAUUCGUUACCAUUUUUGCCUUGGUUCAUGUCCUACUAUUUGUAGUCGGUAUACUGAACUAUAGUUUAAAGGAUAAUCUUAGCAAUGCCAGAGGAUUGCUUGGAUCCAGUUAUCCCAUUGCCAGAGCGGCUGCAUUAGUGCUACAUUUUGAUGUCGCCGUCAUUUUAUUCCAUAAAAGUAUACCGUUCCACCAGAUAACGGCUUGGUCCAUCGUUUUCUUCUCCCUUCUACACACUAUAGCUCACUGGGUCAAUUUUGCCCGGAUUGCGUCUGCCGAGGGUUUGGGGAUAUCAGGCUUUUUUCGACUCAAUUUCACCACAGGACCCGGCUGGACGGGGUACGUUAUGCUGAUAGCUCUGGUAGCAAUUGCAGCGACAUCCCUGGAGGGCCCACGAAGAGCGAACCAUGAGCGAUUUUGGAAUACACACCAUCUCUUCGUUGUCUUUUUCCUGUUCUGGUCCUUCCAUGGAGCCUUCUGCAUGAUUAAGCCGGACUUGCCUCCUUUUUGCGACGGUGUAGGGGUGUUUUAUCUCUACUGGGUAUUUGGAGGGGCCGUGUAUCUAUUGGAACGACUAAUGAGGGAGGUUCGAGGCAAGCAUAGAACAAUUAUCACGAAAGUGAUUCAACAUCCAAGCAACGUCUUCGAGAUCCAACUUCGAAAGGAGAAGACAAAGAUGAAGCCAGGACAGUAUAUAUUUAUCAACUGUCCGGCAGUAUCGAUAUGGCAAUACCACCCGUUUACUCUCACCAGUGCCCCUGAAGAAGACCACAUAUCCGUGCACAUACGCUGUGUUGGGAAUUUUACAAAAGAUCUCGCCAAAGCAGUUGGUUGUGACUUCGAGGAGAAGGAGACUUCUAUAAACGUGCCUUUCCACGAAAGACGUGCCAAACGUGAAUCGACUGUGAUUGGUGUGGAUGCCAAUACAGCAGAUCAUGAUGUUGACCCAAGGCUUCGCCGUAUACUACCGCGGAUAUUCAUUGAUGGACCGUUUGGCAGUGCCUCCGAGGACGUGUUUAAAUUCGAAGUGGCAGUGUUGGUUGGUGCUGGGAUUGGCGUUACCCCCUUUGCUUCCAUCUUGAAGAGUAUCUGGUAUCGAAUGAACCAGCCACAGAACAAGACUCGAUUGAAGAAAGUGUACUUCUUCUGGGUUUGUCGGGAUUUCGGCUCCUUUGAGUGGUUCAGCUCGCUAUUGCUUGCCAUAGAAGCCCAGGAUAAAUACAGCAACAUUGAGAUUCACACGUACCUCACGGCCAAGAUCCAAACUGACGACGCAACAAACAUAAUGAUAAACGAUGCCGACGCAGACCGAGACGCCAUCACCGGCCUUCGUGCUCCCACCAACUUUGGCCGGCCAAACUGGGACAUGGUGUUUCGAUCAAUCCGGAAGAUUCAUGCACCAGCUGAGGCCGGGGUGUUUUUCUGUGGGCCUAAAGCUCUAGGGAGCGUGCUUCACGUAAAGUGCAACAUGUACUCUGAGCCCGGUUUUAAUUUUGUAUGGGGCGAGGAGAAUUUCUAA